GGCUCGUCUUAUGUUCUUGCUUGCAGCUUUCGCAUUAGCAAAUGGCAACCUGAUCCAGUUUGCUGACAUGGUCCGGCAGGUAACUGGUAAGCUUUCAACAGUGUUUUACAAUGGCUAUGGAUGCUACUGUGGACUGGGAGGCUCCAAACAGCCCCUGGAUGAAACUGACUGGUGUUGCCAUGCCCAUGACUGUUGCUAUGGAAAGAUGUCAUCACUUGGCUGCAACCCCAAACUGGAGAUCUAUUCCUACUUUUUCUCGAAAGGAGCCUUAUUUUGCAGCGGGAAAACCACGUGCCAAAGGAUGAUCUGCCAGUGUGAUAAAGAGGCUGCCCUUUGUUUCCAUCGAGCUGCCAAGACGUAUCGCGUAAGAAAUGUCUACUACCCGAACAUUCUGUGCAGGGGAGCUACCCCACCUUGCUAG